CGCGUGCCCGAGCCCCUGCGCAUGCGCAGAGGCAGCCCCUCCGCGGCCCGCGUUCGACACGCGCGCUCCAAGAUGGCGGCGCCCAGCGGCGGGGAGGCGGCGGCCGGGCCGGGCGGCUUCGAGCCGUGGCUGGCGGGGCGGCUGGACGCGCUGGGGCUGGACCGGGCUGUCUACGCCACCUACAUCCAGGGGCUGCUGCGGGAGGAGGAGAGCGACGAGGAGCGGCUGGACGCGCUGCGCGGGGUCCUGGCCGCCUGCCUGGAAGAAGAUCUGUUACCAGAUGUCUGCAGGGAAAUAGUCGUGAAGUGGUCUGAAGCUCAGAAUGUUGGUGUUACAGAAAAAAAAGAAGAUGAGAUCCAGGCAAUUGCCAGCAUGAUCGAAAAACAGGCCCAGAUCGUUGUGAAGCCAAAGAAGGUUUCCCAGGACGAGAAGCUGAGGAAAGCUGCCCUUCUGGCCCAGUAUGCCAAUGUAACAGACGAGGAGGAUGGAGCAGAUGAACAGGAUGGAUUCACUGCAGCAGCAUUAACGAUUGGAUCAGAAAAAUCGCUGUUCCGUAACACAAAUGUGGAGGGUGUCAUAAACGCGAGGAAGCUGGAGAGAGAUUCACUGCGGGACGAGUCCCAGAAGAAAAAAGAGCAAGACAAACACCAGCGAGAGAAGGACAAGCUAGCCAAGCAGGAACGGAAGGAGAAGGAGAAGAAGAGGACACAGAAGGGCGAGCGGAAGCGAUAGCUGGGAUUUUUCCUGUUGGACUCUUUCAAAGGAUAGAAUAAAUUAUGCGUAGGGGGUGUUUUAAACAAAACAACAAACUCUGGGCAGGUGGCUGGCAGAUGGGUCUUGGAAGCAUUUCCCCUUUUGUUUACAUAGCAAAAAAACAAAAACUGCAAACACUUAAAUGCAAAAUGUACAAUGUGCUUGUGGUGUCACGUGUGCUGGUCAGUUGUUGUGGCCAAUGUCUGUACCAAAGAGCUGUGAAGUGGCUGCAUUAGUUUUUAAAAUGUCAUUGUACUUUUGACCACUUAAAAAAACACAGAGGAGAGCUGUUGGAGGAGCUUAAACUUCUGCCUCCUCUUACUGCCCCAGGACCGUGAAUACAAUCUGUGAUUUCCUCCGUGGCUGAGGGUGAAGGCAAGGGUUUGUGCCUGAGGUGGGAGCAUGUCACAUUAUUGCCGCAAGACUGAGAAAUAAAGCCCCAGGGAAUGUAGGGCUAAGAAACAGGCUGGAAAAGGUGAUAACUGGAGCAAUUGCCUAUGGGCUUGUACUGAUCCUGUUUCACACAAGAGGGCCCCCGUACGGGGGAAGUGCCCUUGUACCGUCUAGGUUAUAUUAAGCAGCACUAUAAACAUUCUGCAUUUUAACAUCACCAUAAGCCUUGAUGCUGGUGAGCUGAAGAUCAGUUGUUGUCUCUGGACUGUGUGGGAGGCUGUUGUGCAGUUUGAAAAAAGUCUCAUGGGGUUUGUCUGUCCUAGGACUUUUUUUCUUAAAACUUCCUACAGUUGCUCCAGGUGCUAGCAUCAGUGGGUGUUCCAGAAUACACUGGGUGCUGAUCUUCUACCCCAGUGUUGCCUAACUCUGCUUGGAGCAGCUCUAGAAAGAAUGGUGGUUACAAUGCUGCUGGCCUGUCAGCACAUUGUCUCUUCUAGCACUCCCACGGGUGGAGCUGUGCCAAUAGACCAGCUGUGGGGCUGUUUCUGCUAACAAGUUAAUGGCUGGUGAUCAGUGGCUUUCAGUCUUUCCCCUGAAAAGCUUAUUGGGCUCCUGCAGAGAUGCAUAACUUAGGUGUCCUAAACUGUGUUUGUGGUCAGAGACUUGCAUUAUUUUUCAAGGGGCAUGGGAAGACCUAACCAUGUGCAUCUGUCCUGGCACCUGCAGUCUAUACUCCUUGUCGGGUCAGCAUGUGCUACCCUUGUGAACCUCUUUCCUUUGUGACACUAGGUAGCUACUGUUCCUCACUGAAUGCUUUCCGCACAAAUCUGAUUAAAGGGUCAUGUGUUCUGUUCACCUAACUGCUGGAGUGUGACUAUCCACCUGCGUUACCUUUUCACUCAGACAAUAAAAUGGUGCUUGGCUGAGA